AUGGCGGCUGGUUACGAGGCGACCAGAGCAACGCAAGUUGUUAUUCUCCUCUUGUCCGGGGCAAGCGGUCAUUGUGGCUCGCCUUGUGGGUUUGUGGUCGACUCAAUUGAUGGCCUGCGGUUAAUGGAUUCGAAGCAAAUCGACUUCCGGUCGGCGCUUUUGGCAGACAGACUCGCCAGUUGUCUCCGACCGUUGCCCGCCCGACGAGACUCACCUCGUCCAAACAAUCACUCCGAGGCUGAGACGUCCAUCCCGUGUCGAGCCAGUCAACCUCUCGGUGGGGCCUACUCCAGUUCUCCCAAAUCGUCGGGUUCAUGUACGCUCUGGUUUCCCAAUUUUGUGCUCAGUCGCUCUUUUAAUGGCCUCGGACUACGCCCCCCCUCAGAGACUGCCCCCCUCCGGCCCGUCCACGCCGACCAGGCCUCCGUUUUCCGGCUGUCCCUACCAACUCGCAAAGUAACAUAUCGACAGUCCUCCUCCAUUAUUCAUUUGCCACGCGCCUCAGUGCAACGUUUCUCGAGGCCAGUACAGCAGACUACCGCAGUUGCCCAGUCUCCCACUCCGUCUCGCCCUGUAAUCCUAUUUCGCAGGCUUGGGCCACUUGAACCCCUCUCUUCUGGCGCCGGUGCAUAA